UUAAUAUAUAAGACCCCAAGGGGCCGAUGCAUACAUGUCAGUCCCAUCGGCUUGGUGUACAGGCUUCUCUUCUUGACCAACAACAACCCAACAAACUUUAGAGAUGUCACCCAAGAAGGCCAAGAGGAGGCAGCAGCAGGGUGAGGGUGGAUCCUCCAACGUGUUCUCCAUGUUUGAGCAGAGCCAGAUCCAGGAGUACAAGGAGGCUUUCACAAUCAUCGACCAGAACAGAGACGGCAUCAUCAGCAAAGAUGACCUCAGGGAUGUGUUGGCCACCAUGGGCCAGCUGAACGUGAAGAGCGACGAGCUGGAGGCCAUGGUGAAGGAGGCCAGCGGCCCCAUCAACUUCACUGUCUUCCUCACCAUGUUCGGCGAGAAGCUCAAGGGUGCUGAUCCCGAGGACGUUAUCGUGAGCGCUUUCAAGGUCCUGGACCCCGAAGGCACCGGCAGCAUCAAGAAGGAAUUUCUUCAGGAACUCCUGACCACCCAGUGUGACCGGUUCACCAGUGAGGAGAUGACCAAUCUGUGGGCUGCCUUCCCCCCCGAUGUGGCUGGCAAUGUGGACUACAAGAACAUCUGCUACGUCAUCACACACGGAGAGGACAAGGAGGAGUAGAUCCCUUCUUCUCUUCAGCUCUCUACCUCUACCAACACUCUGCCACCGUACACUCGCUCUGUUUUCUCCAACACCGUGACUUCACUUUCACAAACUCUCUCGUCCAACAUUUCCGCUCGCCAAAAGACUUCUCUACUUUGCCCGAGACGCUGUGGACGGGUGCGGUUUGUGAACAACAGGAGAACAUGGGAUUAUUUUCAAUAAAAAUAAUCUUAUGACAUUGAAACUCUCUCUAUCGCUGUCCUUACCUCUUUCUCCUCCCUCCACCAUUCACUCUGUUCUGCGUUUUGAGGCCAACAGUGCAAACGUACGGCUAGCAUGCAAAAGUUACAGUUUGGUAGUAACUAGUUACAUUUAGUGUAGUAACUUUUUUGACAAAAUUUAUUUUUACUGUACGUUUUACUUUUAUUUUAGUCAUUUAAUUAUGAAGUAUCUCUACUUCAUAAUUAAAUGAAGUAAGAUGUCUGAAUUUUCUACCCACUGAAUGAAAAACUAACAUGUUUUAACCAAAAAUUCACCAGACACAGACCUUGCAGUUUUUGUUAGUUUCUUAAGUUUUUUUUUAUUGAAAGAAUUUUUUUUGUUUUUUAUUUUUUGUUACUUAUGUGGCUUAUUGUCAUUUUCCUCCUGAAAAUACCAAAAUUUCCACUUCAUAUUUUAGUCCGUCUCAUGGUGUAAUUUUGAUCAGUUACUCAGUACUUGAGUAGAAUUUUUACUAAAUACUUUUUUACUCUUACUUGAGUAAUUUGUUGGAUGGCUACUUUUUACUUUAACUUGAGUAAAAAUAUGUUGAAGUAGUGCUGCUCUUAAGUAAAUUUUUUGGGUUCUCUGCCCACCUCUGCUAGCAGCGGUUGGUCAAAAUGUCUCUUGGUCAGGGUUAGGCUUCGGUGUUUGCACGGCAGCUAGCUUGAAACAAGCUAGCUGUCUGACCCGGUUGGGUCUGUUGGUCUCAACUUCACAGAGUGCUUAAUGGCUUCCUCCCAUUUAUCUGUAGGAGAGUAAAAGAGUGGCGGUACCGCACUACAAUAGCUAGCCUACCCCUCUCUUUUACCAAAAAGAGGAGCUGCAAUCAGAAAAAAGAGGGAAGCAUUAAACUAGAGAAAGAGAUGGUGAAAGAUGGUGAGUUGGGGAAGAAAAUGAACAGUUAAAAGGAAAAAGAGAAAUAAAUCUUUUGUUUUUGACUCGUUGUCCUCCAUGUCACUCCUGUUUCGCUCCUGUUGUGAUUGUGAUCUGUCUGCACUGUAAAAAAAGAAAGAAGUACAAAUAAAAUCCGCUCUCUUUCGUACGACA